CAGCAUUGUAAGGGGAGAGAGAGAAAGAGAAAUAGAGAGGGAGCGGGUGCAAUUAAAGGGCCAGCCUCAGACGUUUAUUCUCCAGACCGCCCUGGCUGCGACACCUUGCCAGGAGAAGACCCAAAGACACGAAAUCCAUCAACGACAGUAUAGCCGACGAGGUGCCCGUCAGUCACGGUGGCCAAACCAUUCGGGUGGUGACACCUCGUCGUCGGACAACAGCAUCACCCUCAGAUCACCCUGCACAAUAUCAAUUACUCCUGCUUUUCCGUUCCACCACCCGCGUGCGACUCUCCAGAUCGAUCUCUUCCGCCCAUCUCGACCUUUUCUUGCGCCCUUCACCCUGUCAGUGCACUGGCAAGAGCUGUUCCUAUCAUGCAGGCACUUGUCACUGCGCGUCCGGUCGAUCUCCCGACAACUCACUCACAACUUUUCGUGGAAUAUCUUUUUGGUUAGCUGGCUCAUUGCGACGCCCAACGCCUGCGCAUUGACGACUGGCCUUCACAUCAUGUCGACUUCUCUUCAACAGCGGCCACGGGCGGCACUGCAGCCCGGUGACAUCCUUGUCGCCAUCCAUGACUUCGACGCAAGGAGUGCUGAUGAGUUGACCCUCCGGAAAACUGAUCAAAUCGAGUUGGUUGAGCUGGACGAUGGCUUUGGUGAUGGCUGGUACCUAGGGAAGCAUCUUGGGACAAGAACGACAGGUCUGUUUCCUGGAGUCUAUACCGCUAAGCUUCCUCCAAACUUCGCGCCAGUGGGUGCUCCAGCAGCCAAAAGUCCUCAAUUCUUUGGGAAACCAUCCACCGAGUCCAAGAGCGAGCCACUCAAACAAGCAAGCCCAACCACUGAUACCUCCAGUCACCGCACACUCUCCUCGUCCCCACAGCCACAGUCUAAUCUACCUCUACGAAGCUCCGUCCCGUCUUCUCCUACCUCAUAUAUUCAUCGAAGCAUCAGUCAGGCACUGUCAAGCAGAGGCAGUGGAGAGGAAAGCCCAGUAAUGAACGAAACACUGAGCGUUAUAAAUGAACACAUUACGAACCUGAGCACGCCGCGUCAGAGCCUGUCCCCGCCGCUGCCUUUGACGGAGGAUUCAGAGAGCGAAUAUAGCAGCCAUCUCGACCGAGCCUCUUAUGUCGCCGGCCCUGAAACCGAUAGCGAGGACAAUCUUCGUCCAACAGAAGCCGAUGUCAAGCACUGGGAUGCGAAAGAGACGGCGGAAUACUUGAGAAGCCUCGGUGUGGACUCAAAACAUUGCGAUAUAUUCGAAGAGCAGGAAAUAACUGGCGAUGUCUUGCUAGAGAUGGACCAGUCCUUCAUCCACAUGAAGGAGUUUGAUUUUGGCCUGAUGGGCCGCCGCCUGAAGACAUGGCACAAGAUCAGAGACUUUCAGAAUCAGGUCCGCAGUGGUACGGCAUCGCGAAAGAGCAGCCUCAAGCCAAACGGGUCGAACGAGGAUGUCGCCCGCGUCCAAACACGACCCACUACCAUAUUGCCACGAAUACCUAGCCUGAUGGAAGAACCGGGACUCUCCAUCCGCCAGGCGCAGCACACGUACCCCUAUGUCAUACCGACCUCACCACCAUCUUCCGAGCAACCCAUGUCUCCGUCUUCCUUUACUCGGUCCCAGCUUGGUCGGAGCACACCCCCGUCGCCUUGGAGAGCUUCGAUGGCUGCUGAAUCCCCGUCACGACGGUCGGCCGCUUCUAUACGGGAACUGAACCAGUCUCGCCGGCAUUCCUCGAUCGAUUUCACAAAAGCAGGGGUUCAGGAGACCUCGCCGCCAGUCGCCUCCAGCCUUUCCCCUCCGCAUAAGAAAAAUGCGUCUUUCGAUAAAGACUGGUCGAUGAGCAACGCAACCACUGCAAACACCGGCGGGAGUACCCCGUCGCUCAGACUGCAAAUCAGUUACCCGGCGACAAGCGUAGAUUUGGAUGCAGAUGCUAGUUUCAGUGGUGAGCUUUCCACCAUCGAUCUCGACCGGGGUUACUUCAGCGGGAAUGAGGUCGACAAUAGAAAGGCAAGGAACUUCCUCAAGAAGCGAGGCGGCGGGGAAAGUGUAAGCCAUUCCCGUCAAUCGAGCGUGCUCGAUGACUCGUCCAAGGAUGGUCUCGGUAUGAAACGACACUCGCGACUCAGCAGCCUUGAUUCCAUCAGGGCUGGCGCUCCCCUCUCUUCAGCCGCAAAAGCGUACCACAGCAGAUCAUAUAAAGGACGGUUUCGUUCUGCAAGUGCGAGAAAUUUGACCAUGCAGCGUUCCCCAAUCGCGCAGUCGCCAACAGUCACGAAUUUGGAGGAUGACGGCAUCUCAGCUCUGUCCUCACCCAAGGCUGUUAGUGGAUCAGUGUCCCCUGCUGCGGCAGCCACGACGCCCUGGACAUCAUCAAUAAAGGCGCGGAAAUUGUUGGGUAUCCGAGCAGCAUCCGAGGCUGUUACUGGAAAUGAAAAGGAAGCCGCCAGUUCCUCAAACAUUACGUCUGACCCCUUGAGGGAGAGCCCUACCGCGUCACCUUCGGGGUCACAAACCCCUUCUGCGACGUCACGGAGCUUCGAAAUGGACAAUACGGACACCUCUUCAAAAGGUACAACUGAACAGCUGGGACCCUUACUGCACACGAAAACCCCCGUGCGUACCAAUCCAAAAACUAAGCGACAGACAAGUGCCUACACACGAGGCCUGCUACAGAUAUCGCCCGCGGAAGCACGGAAACAUUGUGAUCAUCACGGCUGGAUGAAGAAAAGAUCUAGCGGCAUUGUAUCCCAGUGGAAACCCAGGCUGUUCAUUCUUCGAGGCCGGCGGCUAUCGUAUUACUAUUCCGAGAAUGACACAGAGGAAAAAGGGAUCAUCGAUAUAUCUGGGCACAAGGUUCUUGUUACUACUGCCGAUCCUAUCACUUCACUUCAAGCCACCAUAACGGGAACCAAAUCUACACCGUCCAUCAGUGCGCCCGGAUCGUCUACAGAAACGUCGCCGAAUGCGACCCGAAACACAAGCGGAGGCUCGCCUUUCUAUUUCAAGCUUGUCCCUCCCAAAGCAGGGACUUCCAGAGCAGUACAGUUCACCAAGCCUACCAUCCACGUUUUCCAGGUUGAAAACAUCAACGCGGGGAGGAAAUGGAUGGCUGAGAUUUUAAAGGCCACCAUCGAACACGAUCUAGCAAACUUCGAGACAACGAAUCGGCAGAAAACCAUUAGCCUGGCCAAGGCCCGAGCAAGAAAGGAACGUCCCCCGGCUCUGAAAGGCACAGAAGAUAUAGCCGAGUUGGCCGAGAGACCAACGCCGCGGGAAGAGAAGGGCGAGCAAGAGAGUGGCUUGAAUAUUAAGGGGCUGGAUUUCAACGAGUCGGAGAUGGAUCUUCAAAUAGGCACAGGCCUAACGAGCGGGACAACAGCACGUCCCGAGGAUGAUGCGAAACGGGAAAUAAAGACAUGAUGAUACACAGGAAAGAUUUAUUUAUCUUAACCUGCAUAUAAUAAAUCUCCGGGAAUACAUAAUGCUUCGCUUCCCCAGCGAGCCAGCCUGCUAUUGUAUCGAUUAGCCAAUGGGAGAAAGGGAGGUGC